UUUGAGGUCAAAUGUGUUUUUGUUCGUCUCGCGCAUUGGAAGUAACGUUAGCCAGCUAGUUUCUUUGAACAUACAUGGUCGUUUCCGUUUUGGAAAUAAAAUGGACUGUCAACAGAAUAAAUAAACCGAUUGCAAGAAUUUUGGAGACCUUCAUCAUAGGGGGAUGGAAGAAUUAGCCUCAGCCCUCUCGAAAGACGGCUGGUACCUCUCUGAUGAAGGUAUAAAGGAGUGUGAGGGCUCCACAGGCAAAUCCUCAGCCAGUGACAUCAUUCGCAUUGCACUCAAUAGUGACCUGCGACCCAUCGGAAAGAGCUUUCUGCCUACGGAUGUCAACAGCGGAAGAAUCGAAAAGAUUGAGGGACCAUGUGUUCUUCAGGUCCAGAAGAUCAGGAAUGUGGCAGCCCCCAAAGAUCACGAGGAAUCCCAGGGUGCCCCCAGGAUGCUUCGAGUCCAGAUGACAGACGGACACACCAACUGCACAGGCAUCGAGUUCAAACACCUGUCCAAGAUAAGUUUGAACACGCCGCCCGGGACCAAAGUUAAGCUGCUGGGUUCGCUGUCUGUGAAGAACGGGUUCCUGCUGCUGGACGACUCCAAGGUCACUGUGCUGGGAGGAGAGGUCGAGCACAUGAUCGAGAAGUGGGAACUGCAGAGGAGCCUGGCUAAACACAACCGGAGUCAUAUCGGGGCUGAGGGCGGACCACCUCCUUUUGUGCCCUUCGGACAGAAGUGUAUGCGUAAGGAGGAAGUAGACAGCCGUGAGCUGGACCAGAGGAAGACGCUGAAGACGACUGAAGUAGCAAAAGGAGCAGACGAGAACGACGAGUUCGAGAAGCAAAGGAUCGCGGCUAUCGCAGAGAUUGCAAAGAGCAAAGAGACGCGCACUUUUGGUGGCGGCGGCAAUGCGGGGACCAACCUGACCAACCCCAGCUCAAGCUACAGGAACAGGGACAGGGACACCUACCAGCGGAGGCGGGAGGAGCGCGAGAGGAGCACCCCGGAGAGCCGUCCGGAGGGGAUGUACAGAGAUCUGGUUGACGAGCGAGCCCUGAGGGACAUCAUGGAGAUGGGCUUCAAUAAGGAGGACGCUCGGCAGGCCCUGCUGGACAACAACAACAACCUGGAGGUGGCGCUGAACUCCCUGCUGACCGGUGCCACCCAGCACAAAGCUCCUCCGCCAGAGUAUAGCCGACCCCCACCCAGAGGGAAGGGCCGGGGGCGAGGUAGGUCCAGGACGGAUGAGGAUGAGGAGGGUGGAGGAAGGCCUUCAGGGCCCAGUACACUUUUCGACUUCCUGGAGUCCAAGAUGGGGGCAUUCUCCGUUGAUGACACCAAGAGCCAGAGACAGCCCCCAGAGAGACACCAGCCGGAGCACCCCCACAGGAUGAGCUUCCCCAGCUCCGAUGGCUUCCACAGGGAAGCCCCCCACUUCCGGAACGCUCCGCGCAACGAGGGGAGAGGCCAGAGGAACGACCGACCCCCGCGCUUCCAGAGGGACACGGACUUCCCCAAACCUGGCGACUUCCCCAAACCCGGCGCCGACGCCUUCGCCCCACCGCCCCCCUCCUCCGGGCCCCACCAGUCCCACAAGAGCGGGGGGUCCGAGAGCGGCGGGAGGGGCGGGUACGAGAGCGGCGGGAGGGGCGGGUACGAGAGCGGUGGGAGGGGCGGGUACGAGAGCGGCGGGAGGGGCGGGUACGACCGCCGGCAGGAUGAGCGGCGUGAGGGGCGGAGCAACGGCAUGUCCAACUCUCUGCCCUCGUCAGUCUCCGCCCCCUCAUUCUCCUCGUUCCCAACGUCCUCCAAUCAGCGGUCAAGGGAACAUCACCAAGGCGCAAACAGAGGCCUCCAGCAGGACGUCAGGGAUCACCAUCAGGGUCCCCGCGACAACACACACUCGGGCGGCCAUCAGCACGGGUCACGGGACCACGGCAGCGGGCAGCGAAGUCAGCAGCACGGUUCGGAUUCUCAGAACCAGAGGAAAGGGCUGCUAAACGGGCCUGGACCCAAACCCCCCUUUGAGUCGACGGACCCAGGAUUGGGCCCAGCAUCGUCAGCUGACCCUAAGGGGCGGUCAGAGCCCAACAACCGAAGGAAGGGGAACCGGACUGACCGGCCCGGCUCGGUCCACUACGACCGCGGUUCGGAAGGCGGCGGAAAUCUGAACUCUGGCCCCUCGUUGACGGAGGAGCGGGGUGGGGACAGACCGUCAGGGGGAGGAAGGGUUGGUGGAGACACACACCUUCAAAACGGCGACUCGGAUCACAGGCGGACGGGUCCCAUCAAGCAGCAGCAACAGCCACAGCAACAGCCGCAGCCGCAGCAGCAACAGCAACCCCAGAGGAACACCACAUUUCACAACUCACAGCAGUACUCCAAAAAGGACCGCAGGACCGGAUCGAUCAAGAAUCCCAGGGGGCCAGAGGCCGGUCACGCCCCAGACAUGGGGGGCCACGGCGCCUGGAGACCGGGAGACCAGUGCCUGGCACUUUACUGGGAGGACAACAAGUUCUACAGGGCACGCAUCGAUGCCGUGCAUCCCUCCGGCUCCACUGCUGUGGUGGUGUUCAGCGACUAUGGCAACUGUGAGGAGGUGCUCCUCAGCAACAUCAAGCCCGUGCACAUGGAUAUGUGGGACGAAGAGGACGUUUACUUUGAGAAUUCGGUGGAGUAUCGGCGAGGGGGAGACGGUCAGCCGAGGCGCACGCGGCCCACACAGCAGUAUUACCAACCGCCCCGCGCCCGGGACUGAGCAGCUACACACACAAACACAUCACACACGCACCUGCGCAGAAAGCAAGCAGGAACUGACAGCCGAGGAAAGAUCAUCUGAUGGGCCCUGGAGGCGAUAACUAGACAUCACCAUUUUUUUUUUUUCCCCUUCCGCCACUUUUCUGGUAUGAAGUAUCUACAGUAGUGUGAAAAGGGAAGAACCAUUCAAGGGCUUGCAACAGAAGUUGCAAUAAAUGAAGUUUAAAAAACGAAAUCCAAUAAUUUAUGAUGCAAGCAAAAGGUCUUACUGUAUGUAGUGAAGAUUUGUAAAAUACUUGAUUAUGAUAAUUAAUAAAAACUCACUCUUUGCGU